CAGCCAGGGUCCAACAUGUGUUGCACCAUGUAGGCUGUUUGGACGGGAAGCUGACACUGUGACAGCGAGCGCGCGCCAAGCGAGUCUGUUAGGUUCCGCUCCGUGCCCGUUCCAUCCAGCAUGCGGUCCGCUUCGGAGUUGUAGAGUCCCGCUGAAGAGGCAACAUUCAUGUGUUGCUGCGGACUUGCAUGAGUAACAGUACCCCAUAUUGUCCAGGCCCGGGUUUGACCCUUUUAUGUUCGCCAUGGCGUUGACGGUUUACGGGCAUCGUGUAUCCCAGCCAUCUCGCAGUGUGUACCUGUUUUGCAGGGUAAAUAAGAUUCCCUUUACGGAGAAAACUGUCGAGCUUUUCCAAGGUGAACAUAAACAAGACGCCUACCUGGCGAUCAAUCCGUUAGCUGUAGUGCCCAGCAUCGUAGAUGAUGACUUCAAACUGUCCGAAGGUAUGGCGAUCUUGAAGUAUCUGGCACGUAGAUACAAAGUGGCCGAUCACUGGUACCCAGAAGACUUGAAGGCUCGCGCCAAAAUCGACCAGUAUUUGGACUGGCAGCACACUGGUAUCCGGAAAGAGAGUAUUGAAGCUGGCCUGAUCUUGCAUUCGCUCAAGACAACUGGAAAUCCUACCUACGUAACCCAGCUGGCACAAAGUAUUGAGACGAUCGGCAAGACUUUGGAAACUAUCGAGAAGGUGUUUCUUGGAGACAAGAAGUAUAUUGCUUCGGAUGAAAUCAGCAUUGCAGACAUAUGCUGCUUGAACGAGGUCAUGCAAAUCACUUGGUUCCUUCGAAGUCGGACCGAUUUGCUCGCCGGACACCCAAAGCUACUUGCUUGGAAGGAGCGAGUUAAGGAACAACUCAACCCUGAUUUCGACGAAUUGUCUGAGUUUGUUGUUGAGUUUACAGCCGAAAAGCAGAAGUAAUUCUUAAAGGACACACCUG